UGUAGUGGAAGAACGGCAAGGGAGUCGGAGUAAACGAGAAGACUUUUUUCCAGAUUAUUCAAGGACAUAGCAGCAAAACAAGUCGCCGAAGACAUCCAUAAUAAUGUUCCGGAAUCACUUUUGAAACCUUAGUCCAGUAGGCAACUUGCGAGAAGGCAGCUCCCAGCUCCUGCUUCCUGCCGCGGUUUGAGUGAAGGUCGCUUUGGGGAUCAGAGCGUGGUCUCUCCCUGUCGGGACUCAGCGGACGGACCACUCCCUGCGGGCCACCAUGACCGAUGUUGUAAUUGUGAAGGAGGGCUGGCUGCACAAGAGAGGAGAGUACAUCAAGACCUGGAGGCCAAGGUAUUUCUUGCUGAAGAGCGAUGGUACGUUCAUCGGGUAUAAGGAGCGGCCGCAAGAUGUCGACCAGCUAGAAACGCCGUUAAAUAACUUCUCAGUUGCACAGUGCCAGCUGAUGAAGACGGAGCGGCCGAAGCCCAACACAUUCAUCAUCCGCUGCCUGCAGUGGACCACUGUCAUCGAGCGCACCUUCCACGUGGAGACCCCCGAGGAGAGGGAAGAAUGGACGAAAGCCAUCCAAGCCGUGGCAGACAGCCUGCAGAAGCAGCAGGAGGAGGAGAUGAUGGACUCUUCGCCCGACCCCAUGGACAUGGAGGUGUACCUGACCAAACCCAGACUCAAAGUGACUAUGCACGACUUCGAAUACCUCAAACUCCUCGGAAAAGGCACUUUUGGCAAAGUCAUCCUGGUGAAGGAGAAGGCCACGGGACGAUACUACGCCAUGAAAAUCCUGAAAAAGGAAGUGAUCGUGGCGAAGGAUGAAGUAGCGCACACACUCACGGAGAACCGCGUGCUGCAGAAUUCCAAGCACCCGUUCUUGACGGGGCUGAAAUACUCUUUCCAGACCCACGACCGGUUGUGUUUCGUCAUGGAGUACGCGAAUGGCGGAGAGCUUUUCUUUCACCUGUCGCGAGACCGGGUCUUCUCGGAGGAGCGCGCCCGCUUCUACGGGGCGGAGAUAGUCUCGGCGCUAGACUACCUGCACUCGGAGAGGAACGUGGUCUACAGGGACCUAAAGCUGGAAAACCUCAUGCUGGACAAGGAUGGGCACAUUAAAAUAACGGACUUUGGGCUGUGCAAGGAAGGAAUCAAGGACGGGGCCACCAUGAAGACCUUCUGCGGGACGCCCGAGUACCUUGCCCCGGAGGUGCUAGAGGACAAUGACUACGGGCGGGCGGUGGACUGGUGGGGGCUGGGCGUGGUCAUGUACGAGAUGAUGUGCGGCAGGCUGCCCUUCUACAACCAGGACCACGAGAAGCUGUUCGAGCUCAUCCUCAUGGAGGACAUCCGCUUCCCUCGCACGCUGGCGCCCGAGGCCAAGUCCCUGCUGUCCGGCCUGCUCAAAAAGGACCCCAGGCAGCGGUUAGGUGGCGGCCCUGACGACGCCAAGGAGAUCAUGCGGCACAAGUUCUUCUCCGGGAUCGUGUGGCAAGAUGUUUAUGAGAAGAAGCUGGUCCCGCCCUUCAAGCCCCAGGUCACCUCAGAGACAGACACGCGGUAUUUCGACGAGGAGUUCACCGGACAAACCAUCACCAUCACACCCCCGGGACAAGAUGAGAACAUGGAAUCGUUCGACAGCGAAAGGAGACCCCACUUCCCCCAGUUCUCCUACUCCGCCAGUGGAACAGCAUAGAGCCCCCCCCUCCCCAACAUUUCCCCAGUCCUGUCA